AUGGAUAAUUUUUGGCGUCUUUUGCGAACUUACUGCUUGAACAGCACAAUAGUAGGACUCAAGUACUUUUAUAUCUAUCCGGAUAUAUUGUCAAGAUGCUUCUGGACAGUGAACAUGAUAUCAGUGUUGGCGAUGUCUUUCUCCAUCACCUACUUUCUGUACAAUCGUUUUGAAGAAAUGCCAACAAGGGUCGCCAUAGAGAACCAGUUCGAACCAAUAAAGAACCUUCCCUACCCUGCCAUCACUCUGUGUACCCCGAACCAGGUUACCAUAUCCUCCCUGGAGUAUUUCAAGACCACACUCAUUGAAGGCAACAAAACUGAUUUGGAAUCAUAUCUACCGCUAGUUUUGGGCUUCUACGAAUAUAUUAAUAUCACGGACCAAACACGUAACCAUUUGAAAAAUUUCCAGGACUUAUUAGAAAAGAAUAGAUACACUGUUCCAGAGCUGCUGGGUCGUGUGCCUCAACUGUGUGCAAAGUUCCUGAAGCGCUGUUACUUAGAACGCAAGGUGUACAACUGCACAGACCUCUUCAAACCGAUCCUGACCGCCCGCGGGUACUGCUGCACCUUUAACAAUAACUAUAUGUUCAAUCGCAAGAUGAACGUCAAAGACCAAAACUUCGUGAACCGCACGGUGAAAGCCACGGGAUUUAUUAAUGCUUUGAUAGUAGUCACUGACUACGAGAUGGAGGACUCCAUGCUUGGCACGCUACUGAACGCUGGAGCAGUCCCGGUGAUGUACACAGACUACACAGAGUUUCCAUCCGACGACGAAUUGUCCUACAUCGAGAGUUACGGCGAGUCAUUCCAUACCAUCACAGCUACUUACACGUACUGCUCUGAUGAGGUCAAAUCGCUGCCUGUGAGGAGUCGAAAUUGCUUCUUCCAUGACGAGCAUCGUCUAGAUCACUUCUGGAGCUACCAUAACUCGGACUGUGACCAUCUGUGCUAUGCGAAUGCAGUGAAAAGCGCUUGCAGAUGCAUUCCUGCGUACAUACCGCAUAGUGGUAGAAACAACGUCUGCAAACUCGUAGAUAUUCCCUGCAUUAUUGAUGUAAAAUGGAAUAUGUCCAAAUGGUUGACGCCGGAGAAAUGCAACUGUUUACGAGAUUGCGAGUCGCGGAGAUACCGCGGCGAAAUGAUUUUGGGAAACUUUAAGGCCAUCUCUUACACACUCAAAAAUCCGUAUGAAGGCUUGGUUUUAAGCAAGAGUACCAGUGCAUUUCAUUUCUUCUUCACAAACCCGGUGUACUUGAAGCAAAAACAAGAAACGGUUAUGUCCAUCAUCAGCUUAGCUUCUAAUCUGGGAGGAGUAUUCGGCCUGUCCAUGGGUUUCAGCUGCAUUAGUCUCUUAGAAAUAUUGUUCUACAUUUACCUCGGACUCAAAAACUACGUUAAAAAUAAACUUGCUAAGGUGUUCAUGAAAAUUUCAAAUCAUUACAAUACGAAUUAA